CAGACACAGUGCUGUUUGUAGAUCGUGUCUCUAAGAAUUCUGACUCUGUGCUAUUAAGUCCACAGUGCUACAGGACUACUGAAACAUUUAUGCCCAGACUCUUGGUCACAGUUCUCACACUUUUGGCCAACAGAUGUUUUUUCAGAUGCCUGUACGGUUUUGUUUGGGCUGGCUGGCACUUACCAUCAUGGCUUAUAAUGACAUAGCCAGAAAAUUACCUCUCCUAGACGUCCCCAGGACAUGAUUCUAAGACAUGACCCUAGGACAUGAGUCUAGGACAUGACCUUGGGACAUGACUCUAGGACAUGACUCCAGGACAUGACUUUUUCAACUACUCUCAGUUCUGAAUAAAAUGGGUUUUUUUUAUGUUUAAUUCUGGAGAAUUCCUUUAAGAAGUCCAGUCAUGGACAUACCAUUACACAGUGGACACUGACAUGGACUGGAAGACAGCGUUGCAGUGGUGCCAGCAGCACCACACAGGUAUGGUAGCCAUCCAGAACCAGGACGAGAUCGCCCACCUGAACCAGGUGCUGCCCUUCCACCCCACCUACUACUGGAUUGGCAUCAGGAAGGUGGAGGAUGGGUGGAUGUGGGUGGGUACCAGGAAGCCCCUGACCCCUGAGGCAGCCAACUGGGCCAGUGGAGAGCCCAAUAACCAGGGCAAAGGCGAAGACUGCGUGGAGAUCUACAUCAAGAGGUUACGUGACACAGCCAUGUGGAACGAUGAGAAAUGCAGCAAAAAGAAAGCAGCGCUUUGUUACGAGGCGUCUUGUUUGCAGUCAUCCUGCAGUGAGAACGCUGAAUGUGUGGAGACUAUAGGCAACUUCACAUGCCUGUGUGAGCCAGGCUUCACUGGUCUCCGCUGUGAGAAAGCUAUAGAGUGUGGUGUGUUUAAACACCCAGAACACAGCUUUGUGCAGUGUGACCACACAUAUGGGCCGUUUCAGUUCAAUUCGUCCUGCCAGUUCCAGUGUGACCGUGGUUACAGGUUGCAGGGUUCACAGAAUCUGUACUGUCUGACUUCAGGGCAGUGGAACAGUGGUCCCCCUCAGUGCCAAGUUGUUCAAUGUCCUCCAUUUAAUGCCGCUGGUGGAUGGAGAAUGAACUGCAGUCAUCCGAUCUCUGCAAACAGCUACAACUCCACGUGUGUGUUCAGCUGCGAGGAGGGCUUUGAGCUGAUAGGCUCACACACAACCCAGUGCGAUCACACUGGAGAGUGGACACACAGGACCCCCACCUGCACAGCAAUGACCUGUGACCCCCUUAUGGCCCCUGAAAAGGGUCACAUGACCUGUGCUGAUCCCCUGGGAAAGUUUUCCUUCCGUUCCUCCUGUGUUGUGUCCUGUGAGGAAGGAUACACACUGAGGGGAGAGAACACACUCACCUGCCUCCAGACCGGCCACUGGUCAGCAGGUCCGCCUACAUGUGAAGUUGUAAGGUGUGACACACUGCAGUCUGUCCCUUAUGGGUCUGUUCACUGCCUGGACCUUGUGGGACAACCCAGUUAUGGUUCCUCAUGCUGGUCACAGUGUGAUGUUGGUUUUCUACUGAUGGGUACAAACGUCACCCGCUGUACCUCCCAAGGGACGUGGAGCCACAAGCUUCCUGUUUGCAAAGCGGUGCAGUGUGCCCCGCUCUCUACUGCCUCCGGUGGAUGGAGAAUGAACUGCAGUCAUCCUCUCAACACAAACAGCUACAACUCCACGUGUGUGUUCAGCUGUGAGGAGGGCUUUGAGCUGAUAGGCUCACACACAACCCAUUGCAAUCACACCGGACAGUGGACACACAGGACCCCCACCUGCACAGCGGUGCAGUGUGCGCCGCUCUCUACUGCCUCCGGUGGAUGGAGAAUGAACUGCAGUCAUCCGAUCUCUGCAAACAGCUACAACUCCACGUGUGUGUUCAGCUGCGAGGAGGGCUUUGAGCUGAUAGGCUCACACACAACCCAGUGCGAUCACACUGGAGAGUGGACACACAGGACCCCCACCUGCACAGCAAUGACCUGUGACCCCCUUAUGGCCCCUGAAAAGGGUCACAUGACCUGUGCUGAUCCCCUGGGAAAGUUUUCCUUCCGUUCCUCCUGUGCUGUGUCCUGUGAGGAAGGAUACACACUGAGGGGAGAGAACACACUCACCUGCCUCCAGACCGGCCACUGGUCAGCAGGUCCGCCUACAUGUGAAGUUGUAAGGUGUGACACACUGCAGUCUGUCCCUUAUGGGUCUGUUCACUGCCUGGACCUUGUGGGACAACCCAGUUAUGGUUCCUCAUGCUGGUCACAGUGUGAUGUUGGUUUUCUACUGAUGGGUACAAACGUCACCCGCUGUACCUCCCAAGGGACGUGGAGCCACAAGCUUCCUGUUUGCAAAGCGGUGCAGUGUGCCCCGCUCUCUACUGCCUCCGGUGGAUGGAGAAUGAACUGCAGUCAUCCUCUCAACACAAACAGCUACAACUCCACGUGUAUGUUCAGCUGUGAGGAGGGCUUUGAGCUGAUAGGCUCACACACAACCCAGUGCAAUCACACCGGACAGUGGACACACAGGACCCCCACUUGCACAGCUCGCAAGUGUCCCCUGCUGUUGAGUCCUGAGCAAGGCUUGUUGAACUGUUCUCACCGGCACUCUGUCUUCAGCUACGGCUCGCGCUGCACUGUGGCAUGUGACAGAGGCUAUGGGCUCACAGGAGAGUCCCAGCUGGACUGCACCGCUGCGGGAUCCUGGAGUCAAGAAAUGCCUUCUUGUGAUGCUGUUAAGUGUGAGCCACUCCUGCUCACCUCUCCGGCCCCGGCAGACAGCUCACCUGUCCCAUCUAUGAACUGCACCCACCCGAGGGCCGUCUUCAGCUUCGGUUCCCAGUGCAUGUUCUGGUGUCCUGAAGGCUACGUACUAAACGGCACCAGUGAGCUGAUCUGCACUUCCACUGGGCUUUGGACACAAACAGAGCCUUUGCCUUCCUGUGUUGUGGAGGAGAUGCCAUUAGGCACUGCCAUGCUUGUGUAUGGCGCUAUCGGGGCGGGAUCGGCCCUUGCCCUGCUGAUUGGAGCAGGACUGAUUUUUCGGUUGGUGCAGUUCACCGAGAAGUCUAAGCUCACACCUUAUACGCCGGCCUGGGAGGGCUCGCUGAACCCAGCCUUCGAGGAGCUUUAGCCGCAACAUUUUCUGUGGAAACAAGAAGUAGCUGAAAAUGAGACAAUCUGUCGUGUACCGUCUUAGCGGUGUGCGUGUGUGGAACAUUUCACAAAAUAUGUCAUUCUCUUUAAUUCCAAAAAAAAUUUAAAAAAAUAUUGUGAUACGUUUUGCUGUCAUAUUUCUGAGCACCAAAAUAAAAAGGACGUCUGUGUAAAUAAAGUAA